AUGUCGGGCGCGCGCCAUUGGGAGCAGGACAAGGAUAGUACGCUGUACGUCGGCAAUCUCGACGAGCGCUGCACCGACGCACUCGUCUGGGAGUUGAUGCUGCAAGCCGGCCCAGUCGUCAACGUACACCUUCCAAAAGACCGCGUCACGCAAAACCACCAAGGAUACGGCUUCGUCGAAUUCGGAAGUGAGCAAGAUGCCGACUACGCCGCGAAGAUCAUGAACCAGAUCCGUAUCUACGGCAAGCCGAUUCGAGUCAACAAGGCGAGCGCAGACAAGAGAGGAACAGAAAAUGCAGGCCUGGGUGGAGGUGCGGGCGUAGGCGCCGAGCUCUUCGUCGGCAACUUGGACUCGCUCGUGGAUGAGAAGACGCUCUACGACACGUUUUCGCGAUUCGGAGCCCUGGUUGCGGCGCCCAAGGUUGCGAGGGAUGACAGCAACCUGAGCAAGGGCUACGGAUUCGUGAGCUACGCAAGCUUCGAGAGCUCCGAUCAGGCCAUUGAGCACAUGCAUGGACAGUACCUCAUGAACAAGGAGAUUGUGGUGCAAUACGCGUACAAGAAAGAUGGCAAGGGCGAGAGGCACGGAGAUGCAGCAGAGAGAGCGCUCGCUGCGCAGGCGAAGAAGCAUGGUGUGGAGGUGGAGAUCCCCGCACUACCAGCGGCGUUGGUCCUGCCAAACGGUACGCCUUCUGGCCCUGCAAUGCCGAAUGGCAUGAACGGAUACCCACCUCAAGUUCCGAACGGCUUCCCAGCUCGACCACCGCAAGCUCCUCCCGCAUACGCUGGCUACGGAGCUCCAGCACCAGCUUGGGGCGCUGCACCACCACCUCCAACUGGCUUCGGCCAUCUGCCUACUCCUACGAAUACUGGAACCAUCCCCAAUGGCGGCGCGCCUCUACCACCGAGCAGACAGUUCAACCAGUCACCACUGCAAGCACCGCCCACGAACGCAGGUCUUCCAGCUCGACCACCGCCCAGCGUCGGAGGAUAUGGUGGACCGCCGAACGCGCCCGGCAUGCAGACGAACUUCCAAGGUCACGCACAGCCCCAGGCUGGUUACCCUGGAAUGCCACAGCAACCGGCAGGCUACCCAUACCAGCCACCGCCAGGCCCAUACCCGCAAGGCCAGAGAUAG